AUGUCAUCGCUCAUUCUUUCACAUGACUCGCACUUAAUGAUGUUAGAGGUUGCCGUGGAAAACUUGUUUGUCCCUUGGACCACGGCUCUUGACAAAGUCAUCCUGAAGAAAACUAUCGUCACGUUUCGCAUGCUGGAUAAGGAUUGGAUAUCGCUGUCACCGAACCGGCGCGAUUAUCGUCCUUAUCAAGGCUCCAACUACGAGAACGAGAAAUUUUACGGUGGCAGGUCCAUCGUCUUUUCCGUGCCGACAGAUUUCUUCGAGAAAGAAGCGAGCGGCGUCGAUGUUCAGCUAUAUGUUCGGAAACAAGUGUGCAAGUAUUUUGAAAUGGUCUCGCGCCAGAGAAUCGGCUUCGCCGCUGUGCCAGUUGAUAAUCUGCUAAACAGCAUUGCCAAACAAAUCCGCGAGCGGAACGAAUUAGCCGAACACUUGUCGGACUUCUAUAAACGGCAGAUUAUUUCGAGGUCUAUGAUGGGAACAUACACUUUGUUGGACGAGAACUUCCGGACUACCGCCGCCACGAUUUCGCUCUACAUUCGGAUCAGUUAUCUCGGCAAGUGUCUCGUAACAGAGAUCACGCAAGUCAAAAGUAUACGCGGAGCGUUUUACACUCGUGGGGACUCGGAUGAGAAACAACCGUAUUUCUCUCGGCAGCUAACAUCGAAGGAGCUUCAAAGCGGUUGCUGGGUCGACGGUGGUUUGCCUCAUGUUCCUCACGGUCGUUUAAUAUGUCGCUGUGAGGAGCUCGUUAAAAAGGAGGCCGCGGAUUUAGCCAGUAAUUUGACAAGAGAAGCUGUUGUCGCUACGAUUGCCAUGACGACAGCUGUUGCAGAUGUCACUCCUACAAUCCCAAUGAGACCAACUACUGUGGACGCAGUUGCAGAUACUGAUCUGCAGAUUUCCGUUACAGAAGUUGCUGUGGAUACCGCCGUGAUUAAAAGAAAAAAAGCACUUGUUAAUAAAGUUGCGGAUUCUGCUGCGAUCUCUGUUCCGAAAAUUGUUGCGGAUGCUGUCGCGAUUAAAGGAGAAAAAGCACUUGCUGAUGCAAUUGCAGACUCUACUGUGAUCUCCGUUCCAAAAGUUGUUGCGGAUGCUGCCGCGAUUAAAACAGAAAAAGCACCUGCUGAUGUUGUUGCAGAGUCUGCUGCGAAUACCGUUGCAAAAAUUGAUACGGUGAAUACGGAUGCCGCUGCAAUAAAAAGAAGAAAAAUAUUUGCUAUUGCAAACGCAACCGUAGAUUCUACCGCGAUCCCCAUUGCUGCGGGUACUGUUGAAAUUAAGCGAGGAAAAGCGCCUGCCAAUGCAGUUGCAAACUCUGCUGCAAUUCCCGUUGGAAAAGUUGCAGAGGAUGUUGCUGUAGCUAAAGAAAAUGAACUUGAUAGUGAAGCUGUAGACUUUACUGCAAUCUCUGUUGCGAAAAUUGCUGCCAUAAUUGAUACAAGAAACGCACCUGCUGAUUAUGGAGCAUUAGGCGACAGAACAGAUGCAGGCGCAGAUGUGGAUGCGCUUGCAAAUGCACAUGAGAGAACUACGAUUCCAAUAAUGGCAACCGAUAAUGAAGUAAUUAAUGAUGAGCGAGCCAGCAUUCGUAGAAAGGAUCUUAUCGAUUCUCUAAUUAAAGAUGUCAAGGCAGAUGUUGCUGCAACAGCGAAAACGAAAGGAUACGCGAUAAAGGACAAUGGAGAGAGGGCUUUCAAGAAAACGUUCUCCACGUCAAGCAAAUCGAAGCGCGGAAGAAACACGGCGACAAUCGUUAAACAAAUGUUGCUCCAAACAUUUUCAGCAAUGUAUAGUUCAACGAUAACCGAAUACGAGAACAAUAAAAAUCGAAAAUUAGUCCAGGCGAUAACAAAAAAUGGCAGAAAUUUGAUUCUCAAUCAACCACCGAAGCACAUGCCAGCGGAGCAGCCAUUAAUUUGGCAGAAUAUUAUUGGCAUCGCCGUUCUUCAUGUUGCCAUGAUCUAUUUAUUUGCUACGCGAUUUCGUGAAGCGAAAUUUUGGACCUGGAUAUGGUGUAUCUUACAUCUAUUUACGUGUGGUGUCGGCAUAACAGCUGGUCUUCAUCGUCUUUGGGCACAUAGAAGCUAUAGCGCUAAAUUGCCACUCAGAAUACUACUUGUUUCUUUAUACUGUAUGGCUGGCCAGAUUUGUCCGUCUAAAUGGCUUCGUAUCCAUCGAGUACAUCACAGAUAUACGGAUACGUGCGCGGAUCCGCAUAACUCUCACCGCGGCUUUUUCUUUUCGCACAUUGGCUGGUUAAUGAUGAAGCAUCAUCCGGCGGUUAAGGAGUACGGUAAAAAUGUGGAUAUGAGCGAUAUCGCUGCCGAUCCUGUAAUACGCUUUGUCGACAAGUAUCAUCCGCUGAUUAUGGUGCCACUGUGCUUUGUCCUGCCGGCUGUGAUACCGGUUUACGCAUGGAACGAAUCCUGGGAUAUAAGUAUAAGCAGCGUGAUCGUCCGCUACGUAUUGUCGUUGAAUUUUACAUUCUCUGUCAAUAGUUUCGCUCACUUGUGGGGCAACCGACCGUACAACAGAACUCUUAAGUCAACAGAGAAUCCUGUGGUGUCCUUCUUUGCCAUUGGCGAGGGUUGGCACAAUUACCAUCAUUGCUUCCCGUGGGACUACAAGGCUGCGGAGCUUGGCUUCUACCGUCUCAAUUUGACUACCGCCUUUAUAGAUUUCAUGGCUUGGUUGGGAUGGGCGUAUGAUUUGAAGACACCAAACGCUAAGCUCGUCGAUAGACUUUGCGCGAAUGAAGGUGAUGGUACGAGAGGCCGGAUAAAUAUUCCCGAGAUAUCAGAUGUUCAAUAAAAAGAAAGAGAAGAAGUUAAAAAGAAUGAGAAAGUGCAUGCACUAAAUUCGUACAUGUCAUUUUAACUUUAUUUCUUCGUAGAGUAACAA